AUGGCUGGCGUGGAGGCGCUGCUGCUGUUGGCCGUGAUUCUCCAGGUCGGCGCUUCACCCAUCACCAUCAGCCCUGUGCGCGGUGCAGUGCUGUGCAACCAGAGUGGCCGGCUUUGGUGCUCCGGUGGAUCUACGAGGCUAAGGCGCGGCAUCGCAGCGUCGAGCCGGCUCAUGUUGGGGCGUGCUGGCCCUGCUGGGGCCCUGACUGAGGUCGCGCGUGUGAUGGCCCAUGGACGCGAGACGGAGAAAUCGCAAAUCCCCGCCGCUCGGCUUGUUGACGCAAAGUGCCGCGUCGACUGGCGGACCCUGACUGCUUUGGGCAACGGCGUCCUGCGAGGGUGCGGCGAGGAGGGCGAGAGGCCAAGGGACGCGGGAGCGCUGCGCUGCUGCGAAAGGGACGACAGUCGAGGAACGACGGCUCUGCAGGCUGCGUCGGCUGGCCUCCCGCGGUGA